AUUUUUAAAUAAUAAAAAGAAAUAUUUAUGUUUUUUGGUAGGUUCUUAUUCAUUUUAAUUAGGUCUAAUCAAUUCAGGUGAUGAGGUCUUUUCUGUAGAGAUGAGGGAAGGAAGGAGGGCCGCCAGGAAUUAGAGGCUGAAGGAGUUUUCUGUUGUGCUAGAGAACAGUGCCAGGGUUGUUGUGCAGCAGGUGGACAAGUUUGAUACCAAGUGGGGUAAGAGAAGCAUCAAAGAGCGUACAUUUGGCAGGGAGGGAAGAGGUAUCUUUCUAUAGGCAGUUAAGAUACAUUUGGUAGCAAAUUGCUAGCCCCACUUCUGCAAAGGGGGAGCAUUUCAAAACGUAUGCUGUCAUGGUCCCAUUGGAUUGGGUACAGAGCACAAGAGAAAGUGAAUUCAUAGGCUUCAAAGCUUGUCUUAGAACAGUAAUUUAUGUACUCUGUGACUUUAGGCACAGUAAGCCCUCAGUAGACGUUUGUGGUUGAAAUGCUGCAUGGAUCCAAAGCAGGAAUUUUAAAGUCCACAUACAAUCCCUUUCUCCCUCUGGUAUUUGAAGUAUGCUAUGUACUUCAUGGCCUUGCAUAGAAUAAACCUUUGGGAUUUUUGCUCUUUCAACCUGCUUGCUUGCUCUUACUACACCUGCUCUGCAGCUUUCUGCAAACCUCCAGUCACUCCUGUGCAGCCUUUUCCCCAGCCUGCCACCUUCCAUCCCCCUUGAGCCGAGGCAUCAUCUCAAGGGGAGAUAGUUUUCUAAGGGGAGGUUAGUUUUCUUUUUCAUUCUGUUAGGUUGAUUAAGAGUUCUAUUUUUAUAGAUAAAAGCAAUAUUGCUUGGAUCAUGGGCUAAAUGCUCUGUGGGCUAAAGGCUAGUUUAGUGAGCCUUCUUAGUUCAACUACUCCAUCAAGAAUCAGAUGGUUGUGGCUACCUUCAUUGCAGGCAGGGUGCCCAGAGGGAAUUAAGUCCUCCAGAUGACCUAAAGUUAAGUGGAAAAUGUCACUAUGACCUUUUUUCAACGUUUUAAAAUUGGCUUUCUUUUUGUUUGUUUUUUAAAACACUUUUAUUUAUUUUUUUAAUGAGGCAAUAGUCAAAUAGAGCAAAAUUUUCAAAGUUCAAAAGGUGGAAACUCCUCUUCCCACUUCUCUCCCCCAGCUUAGUUCCAUCCUCAGAGGCAACCAAUGUACCCAUGUCUAUGUAACCUCCACACAUAUUUUAUGUACAUACAAGCAGAUAGGCACACACAAACAUACACACAUAUUCCCCUCUCAUUUUUCUUUUACACAAAAUACCAGCAAAAUAUACACAUUUUCUGCACCUUGCUUUUUUAUCACUUAAUAUAUCUUGGAGACCAUUCCAUACCAGUUAGAAAUUUAUUUCAUCAUGUAUUACACACACACACAAAGCAGCCCACAUUAUGAUCAUUUCUCUUGCCUCAAUACUUAACAGUUGAUUUUUAUUUGUGUUUUCCCCUUGCUGGUGAAUGACUUCUACCACAGGAUGGUCCAGUCACAUUCUUGGAAUUGCCUUCCAGAUAAAACAUCUGAAUAAGCAUUAGUGCGUUUGCCUGGAGGAUAAGUUAACAACUAUAUGUGAUUGGGGAUCUGUAAGCACAUCGAUGUCAACUACUGUUACUUUAAACCACAUCCUGAACAAGGUCCCUUAAGGUCAUAGUGUGGGGACUCCAAGAAUUGAUUGGUCUGUUUUCUCUUUUUCCAGAAAGUAGAAUGAACCGAAGCAUUCCCGUGGAAGUUGAUGAAUCAGAACCAUACCCAAGUCAGUUGCUGAAACCAAUCCCAGAAUAUUCCCUGGAAGAGGAAUCAGAACCACCUGCUCCAGAUAUAAAGAACAUGGCACCUAACAGUUUGUCUGCAUCCUUAGGAGACUUUUCUCGGGCUCACCCACCCCUGAAACUUGCAAAUCACCAGCGGCCUGUGUCCCAGCAGGUCACCUGUCUGCGCACUAAAGUCCUGGAGGAAAGUGAAGACAGCUUCUGCAGGAGACACCCAGACCCAGGCAAAGAUUUUCCCUCGGGCUCCUCUGCAGCCAGCAAGUCUGAAUCUGAGUCUGUGGUUGGAGCCCUCCCCACAGAGCAUCAGUUUUCGUUUACGGAAAAACGUAAUCAAUGGCUGGGAUCUCAGCUUUCAGCAGCUUCUCCUGACACUGGCCAUGACUCAGACAAAUCAGACCAAAGUUUACCUAAUGCCUCAGCAGACUUCUCGGGCAGUAGCCAAGAGACGGUGCAACGGCCCCAGCCCCACAGGAACCGCACAGCCCCAGAUCUGCCUACAAUAGACACAGGGUAUGACUCCCAGCCCCAGGAUGUCCUGGGCAUUAGGCAGCUGGAAAGGCCCCUGCCCCUCACCUCUGUGUGUUACCCCCAGGACCUACCCAGACCUCUCAGGUCCACGGAGUUCCAACAGUUUGAACGGCAGAGGUAUCCAGUGUAUGCACAGAUGCUGCCUCCCAGUCCUUCCCCACAUGCUCCACGGAACUAUCUUAACCAUUGUCCUGGAGGUCCCAAUCAUCAGGUGCCAUAUGGCCAUGACUACCCUCGAGCAGCCUACCAGCAAGUGAUCCAGCCAGCUCUACCUGGACAGCCCCUACCUGGAGCCAGUGCGAGAGGCCUCUACCCUGUGCAGAAGGUCAUUCUGAAUUAUCCCAGUCCCUGGGACCAAGAAGAGAGGCCUGCACAAAGAGACUCCUCCUUUCCAGGACUCCCAAGGGACCAGAUGUAUCACCAGCCACCUAAUAGAGCUGGAGCUCCUGAGGAGUCCUUGGAGUGUCCUUCAGAGUUGAGACCACAGGGUCACCAGGCUCCAUCCCCAGCUGCUGUGCCUAGACCCCCUAGUAACCCUCCAGCCAGAGGAACUCUGAAAACAAGCAAUUUGCCAGAAGAAUUGCGGAAAGUCUUUAUCACUUAUUCUAUGGACACAGCCAUGGAGGUGGUGAAAUUCGUCAACUUUUUGUUGGUAAAUGGCUUCCAAACUGCAAUUGACAUAUUUGAGGAUAGAAUCCGAGGAAUUGAUAUCAUUAAAUGGAUGGAGCGCUACCUUAGGGAUAAGACAGUGAUGAUAAUCGUAGCAAUCAGCCCCAAAUACAAACAGGAUGUGGACGGUGCUGAGUCGCAGCUGGAUGAGGACGAGCAUGGCUUACAUACUAAGUACAUUCAUCGAAUGAUGCAGAUUGAGUUCAUAAAACAAGGAAGCAUGAAUUUCAGAUUCAUUCCUGUGCUCUUCCCAAAUGCUAAGAAGGAGCAUGUGCCCACCUGGCUUCAGAACACUCACAUCUACAGCUGGCCCAAGAAUAAAAAAAAUAUCCUGCUGCGGCUGCUCAGAGAGGAAGAGUAUGUGGCUCCUCCCCGGGGGCCUCUGCCCACCCUUCAGGUGGUACCCUUGUGACACCCCCCAUCCCCAAUCACUGGAGGCAUGCCAUGUUUGGAGCCCUGUUCUCACAAGCAUUCUUCUAGCUAAGGCUAGUCAAUAGCAUUCAUGGCAGUUUGUCCUUCCCUGAGAGGCCCUUCAGUCCCAUAAAACCUGCUUUGCAGAGGACUCUUCCUCCUGGGACCUCUCCAGACCCUG